AUGGCAGAAAUUCAACACCAUGCAACUUCAUUACCUCGUAGUGAAUCAAAAGUAUACAACAUGGAUGUUGAAAAACAAGGAGAAGAAGAACAAAUUGAUGAAAAAGAUUAUACUCAAAGAGCACAAUGGCUUAGAGCAGCUGUACUAGGUGCUAAUGAUGGUUUACUCUCAACAGCUUCCUUAAUGAUGGGUAUUGGAGCUGUUAACAAAGAUGUAAAGACAAUGAUUCUAACAGGAAUUGCUGGUCUUGUUGCUGGUGCAUGUAGCAUGGCAAUAGGUGAAUUUGUUUCUGUUUAUUCACAAUAUGAUAUUGAGUUUUCUCAAAUGAAAAGACAAGGAAACACUUCUCAGAAAGAUAAGUUGCCUAACCCUUAUUACGCUGCUUUCGCUUCCGCCGUCGCGUUUGCAGUCGGCGCGUUGGUGCCGCUGCUCGGCGCCGCGUUUGUGAAAGAUUAUAAGGUUAGGUUGGGAGUUGUGGUUGGUGUUGUGAGUGUUGCUUUGUUUGGUUUUGGAUUGUUGAGUGGUUUUCUUGGGAAAGCACCUUUGGUUAAGUCUUCUUUUAGGGUUUUGAUUGGUGGAUGGCUUGCUAUGUCUCUUACUUUUGGUUUAACGAAGCUUGUAAACCAUGUUGGGGUUUGA